UGGGGUACCGUGUCUAAUCGGAAUAUUGUUAUAAAGUACAACAUAAAGACGAUUAGUUAGUGUGGGUCGGAGAAGGGGCCUGACACGGUCACAAUAAUGGUGCAAAUAAAAAUCAAAUUAUAUAUCACAUUACUUCUAGCCACUACCAUAACAUGUGGUGAAGAUAGUGUACUUGAUGAUCUUAUAGAAGCUUACUUUAGAGCUUCUAGUCCUUCUUUACAGCAAUUUCUAGAAGAUGAAACACCAUACCUUUUAAAAAUACUAGGUAGACAUAAUAUUCCUAAUUUGGGGCAAAAACAUGAGAAAUAUAAUGAUAAUAUAAUCCCACCAACAGACGAAUAUUUAAGUAACGGCCCAAGCAAUUCUAUUUAUGAUAUAUCUGACGAAAGAAUACAGCAUAAUGAUAAUCUACUUACAGAACAGCAUUAUGAUCCUCGAUCUAUAAAACAACAUUAUAAUCUUCCUCUUCCAGAACAGGAUUAUAACCCACAUCCUCCAGAACAACGUUAUAAUCCUCCUCCAGCAGAACAGAUUUAUAAUCCUCCUCCUCCAGAACAGCUUCAUAAUCCUCAUCCUGCAGAACAAAAUUAUAAUCCUCCUCUUCCAGAACAUAAUUAUAAUCCUUUUCCUCCAGAACAGAAUUAUAAUCCUCAUCCUGCAGAACAGCGUUAUAAUCCUCCUUCUCCAGAACAGCUUCAUAAUUCUCAUCUUGCAGAACAACAUUAUAAUCUUCCUCCUACAGAACAGCUUUAUAAUCCUCCUCCUACAGAACAGAUUAAUAGUCCUCCUCCUACAGAACAGCGUUAUAAUCUUCCUCCUGCAGAACAAAGUUAUAAUCCUCCUCCUGCAGAACAGAUUUAUAAUCCACAUCCUGCAGAACAGCGUUAUAAUCCUCCUUCUUCAGAACAGCUUCAUAAUCCUCAUCUUGCAGAACAACAUUAUAAUCUUCCUCCUACAGAACAGCUUUAUAAUACUCCUCCUACAGAACAGAUUAUUAGUCUUCCUCCUACAGAACAGCGUUAUAAUCUUCAUCCUGCAGAACAAAGUUAUAAUCCUCCUCCUCCUGCAGAACAGAUUUAUAAUCCUCAUCCUGCACAACAGCGUUAUAAUCCUCCACCUACAGAACAGCUUUAUAAUACUCCUCCGACAGAACAGCGUCAUAAUCCUCCUCCUACAAGACAGGUUUAUAAUCCUCUUCCUAAAGAACAGCGUUAUAAUCCUCCUCCUACAGACCAGCAUUAUAAUCCUCCUCUUCCAGAACAGCUUUAUAAUCCUCAUCCUCCAGAACAAAAUUAUAAUCUUUAUCCUGCAGAACAACAUUAUAAUCUUUCUCCUGCAGAACAGGGUUAUAAUCUUCUAAAUGCAGAACAGAUUUAUAGUCCUCUUCCUACAGAACAGCGUUAUAAUCCUUCUACUCCAGAACAAAAUUACAGUCCUCCUCCUCCAGAACAGAAGUAUAAUCCUCCUCCUCCAGAACAGAAUUAUAAUCCUCAUCCUGCAGAACAACGUUAUAAUCCUCCUUCUCCAGAACAGCUUCAUAAUCCUUAUCUUGCAGAACAACAUUAUAAUCUUUCUCCUACAGAACAGCUUUAUAAUCCUCCUCCUACAGAACAGAUUAAUAGUCCUCCUCCUACAGAACAGAUUAAUAGUCCUUUUCCUCUAGAACAAAAUUCCAAUCCUCCUCCUCCAGAACAGCGUUAUAAUCCUCCUCCUCCAGAACAGCGUUAUAAUCGUCCUCCUACAGAACAGGUUUAUAAUCCUCCUCCUCCAGAACAAAAUUAUAAUCUUCAUCCUGUAGAACAACAUUAUAAUCUUCCUCCUGCAGAACAGGGUUAUAAUCUUCUACAUGCAGAACAGAUUUAUAGUCCUCUUCCUACAGAACAGCUUUAUAAUCCAUCUCCUCCAGAACAAAAUUACAAUCCUCCUCCUCCAGAACAGAAUUAUAAUCCUCCUCUUCCAGAACAGAAUUAUAAUCCUCCUCCUCCAGAACAGAAUUAUAAUCCUCCUCUUCCAGAACAGAAUUAUAAUCCUCAUCCUGCAGAACAACGUUAUAAUCCACCUCCGACAGAACAGCGUUAUAAUCCUCCUCCUACAGAACAGGUUUAUAAUCCUCCUCCUCCAGAACAAAAUUAUAAUCUUCAUCCUGUAGAACAACAUUAUAAUCUUCCUCCUACAGAACAGCUUUAUAAUCCUCUUCUUGCAGAACAGCGUUAUAAUUCUCCUCCAACAGAACAGCAUUAUAAUCCUCAACCUGAAGAACUACAUUUUGAUCUUCUACAUAUAAAACCUCCAUAUAAUCCUCCUGUUACACAAAAGCGUAGUAAUCUUCCUCCUACAGAAUCUACAGAAAAAGAUGAUGAUUCUCUACCUACAAAACAGCAUUAUGGUCCUCCUCCCAAAGAACAACACUAUGAUCUUACUUCUACAGAAUCUACAGAACAGCAUAAAAAUCCAACUCCUACAGAAUCUAUAGAACAGGAUAAUAAUGCUAAUCCUACAGAAUCUACAGAACAGCAUAAUAAUUCUACUCCUAUAGAUUCUACAGAACAGCAUAAUGAUCCUACUCCUACAGAACAGCAUUAUAAUUCUACUCCUACAGAACCUACAGAACAGAAUUAUGAUUUUUCUCCUCCUCCCACAGAACAACGUUAUAAUUCUCCAACUUUGAAAUCGCAUUCUUUUCCUCCUCAUAGAGAAGAGCCUUAUUUUCUUCGUCCUGUAGAUCAUGAUAAUAUUAAUUCUUUGCCUCCUCAUAAAGAAGGGCCUUAUUUUCUUCCCCCUACAGAUCAUGAUAAUAUUAAUUCUUUGCCUCCUCAUAAAGAAGGGCCUUAUUUUCUUCGCCCUACAGAUCAUGAUAAUAUUAAUUCUUUGCCUCCUCAUAAAGAACGGCCUUAUUUUCUUCGCCCUACAGAUCAUGAUAAUAUUAAUUCUUUGCCUCCUCAUAAAGAAGGGCCUUAUUUUCUUCGCCCUACAGAUCAUGAUAAUAUUAAAUCUUUGCCUCCUCAUAAAGAAGGGCCUUAUUUUCUUCGCCCUACAGAUCAUGAUAAUCUUAAUUCUUUGCCAACUCAUAAAGAAGAGCCUUAUUUUCUUCGCCCUAUAGAUCAUGAUAAUAUUAAUUCUUUGCCUACUCAUAAAGAAGAGCCUUAUUUUCUUCGUCCUGUAGAUCAUGAUAAUAUUAAUUCUUUGCCUCCUCAUAAAGAAGGGCCUUAUUUUCUUCGCCCUACAGAUCAUGAUAAUAUUAAUUCUUUGCCUCCUCAUAAAGAAGGGCCUUAUUUUCUUCGCCCUACAGAUCAUGAUAAUCUUAAUUCUUUGCCUACUCAUAGAGAUCAUGAUGAUUAUGAUUCUAUAUUUAAAAAACAGCCUUAUUAUCCUUCUCCAAUAGAACAGUUACAUAAUCCUCCUAGAGAAAAGCAUUAUAACCCUUCUCCUAGAAAACAGCCUUAUGAUCCUUCUCUUAUAGAACAGUUGCAUAAUCCUCCUAGAGAAAAGCACUAUAAUCCUUCUCCUAGAAAACAGCCUUAUAAUCCAUCUCCUAUAGAACAGCUCUAUAAUCCUCCUAGAGAACAGCACUAUAAUCCUCCUCCUAGAGAAGAAUCUUAUUAUUCUCCUCCUAGAGAACAACACGAUUAUCCUCCUCCUAGCAAUCAGCAUUAUUCACCUCCUGAUAAUCCUCCUAGAGAACAGCACAGUUAUCUUUAUCCUGGAAUACAGCAUCAUGAUUCUACUCUUCCACAACAGAAUAAUGAGCCCCUAUCUAUAAAUAAGCGUUAUGAUCCUCCUUCCACAGAGAGGAAUUAUGGUCCUCUACCUGCAGAACAUUUUGAUCCCCUGCCUACAGAACAGCAUCCUGAUCACCAAGAAAUCUUUAAACUAAUGAAUAAUCCUAAAAACGCACAAACAGGUAUUAUCGGUGGAUCGGAUUCUGCCCAAAUACCCAAACUUGUGCCAAUUAUCGGUGAAAAUUUAAAGAAAAUUAAAACAUUGCCGAUGGCUCCUCAUCUUGCUAACGUGCGUGGUAGCUGUGAGUUUAGGAGACAGCAGCGCUAUCAUACAUCGUCACCACCACCACCACAGACGACGUCCCUUCAUCCUAGUGAACAAAAUGCCACGGGCCCGCGUUCCCAAAACAAUCAUCAUAUAACUAAUUCGCUUUGUUCACUUAAUUUACAAACUCAGUGACGUGAUGACAAGACAAUGCCAAGUAAAUAAAUGAUCCGCCAGCA